AUGCUCGAUCUAUUCUCCGUCCCCGUGUUUGUCGUCGUAUUUCGAGAGACUCUCGAGACCGCCAUUAUCGUGUCUGUUCUGCUAGCGUUUCUGAAACAGACCCUCGACGGAUCCCAGCACGAUGCUGUGUAUAAAACCCUGCGCACACAGGUCUGGCUUGGGACUGCCUCUGGAUUCGCCCUUUGCGUUAUUGGCUCUGGUGUGAUUAUCGGCAUCUUCUAUAUCCUCGGGAAUGACACCUGGGCGGAUCAUGAAUAUUACUAUGAAGGAGUAUUCUCGCUCAUUUCGGCCAUCAUCAUCACCAUCAUGGGCGGAGCUUUGUUGCGCGUCGGAAAGAUGGAGGAUAAGUGGAGGGCAAAGUUGGCAAAGGCGAUUGAAACCCCAGUGACAGCUCAUGGAAAGCGGGCGUGGCUUGUCAAUUUCUUUGAGAAAUAUGCCAUGUUUGCGCUACCUUUCAUCACGGUCCUCCGCGAGGGCAUUGAGGGUAUUGUUUUUGUGGCUGGUGUGUCUUUUUCUGCACCUGCUUCUGCUGUUCCUCUGCCUGUAAUUAUGGGAUUGGCGCUUGGCGGACUUGUUGGAUACGCUCUAUACCGGGGCGGUUCAUCUGCAAAGCUACAGUAUUUCCUCGUAGCAUCAACUUGCCUUCUUUACCUGGUCGCCGCAGGUCUCUUCUCUCGCGCCAUUUGGCUCUUCGAGCAGCAGCAGUGGAACAAGGUUGUCGGCGGUGAUGCCGCGGAACUCGGAGAUGGUCCUGGAUCGUACGAUAUUGACCGGAGUAUCUGGCACGUUAACUGCUGUAACCCCCAGCUUAACGGUGGAGGAGGAUGGGCUAUCCUGAAUGCUGUUGUUGGUUGGAACAACUCUGCUACGUAUGGUUCUGUCCUUGCCUAUAACCUGUACUGGGUAUUCGUCAUUGCGCAAUUUUCUGCCAUGACAUACAAGGAGGAUCACGGUCACUGGCCAUUGACCAAGGCUAAGGAGCAUGUACGAGUUGAUUAG